AUGUAUACUUCUACUUAUCCUCCUUCGGCAUCACCUUAUGCUUCACCACCUCAACCACCUCAUGACCCUUAUCGCUCUUCACCUAUAUCUGUGAAUCCCAAACAACCAUACAACACAGCGUUCUCUCCACCACCUCAGAUACCAAAUGCAUUCUCGCCAGUGAACGGUCCAAUGUCAUCAAGUCAGUCUCAGCGCUAUCAACAAUACCCAAAUCCUCAGCCUCAACAAUACGCCAGAGGACCACCAAAUAGAUAUGCUUCUCCUGCUCAAGUUCCAGGAUAUCCAAAUGGAGCAGGACCUGGACCUGGAUAUGCCCAACAAGCACCGUCACCACAUCUCCCUCAACGUCAUAAAGGAACGUUGGCCCCGGGACAGAUUGUCAAAAUUGGUGAGAUAGCAGUAAGGAUAGAAAGGUAUCUGUCAGAAGGUGGAUAUGCGCAUGUGUACUUGACAUCGUCAGAAAAACCUGUUUAUCCCCCAAAUAAGGGCAGUGAGAAAAAGGGAAGAUGGGGUGAAAAAGGAUAUACAGAACAUUGUCUUAAGAGAAUUGCUUUUGAAGAUGAUAACGUCUGGAUAGAUGUCAAAAAGGAGAUAGAAGUAAUGAAAUCAUUACCGCCUAAUCCCCAUCUCAUUCAGUAUCUCGGUUCCACUCAUUCUCGUUUACCGACUGGAGGACAUGAGGUCUUCAUAUUGAUGGAAUACUGUUCGGGCGGCGGUAUCAUCGAUUUACUAAAUAAGAGAUUAAGGGAUAGACUAAAGGAGAUUGAGAUCUUGAAUAUUUUCACCGAUGUUUGUGAGGCCGUUGCAGCAAUGCAUCAUCUUUCUAGGCCCCUUCUGCAUCGAGAUCUAAAGAUCGAGAAUGUCUUAUCUCAACCACUCUCAACGUCUCCAUCUCCCCAACGUCCGAGCCCACUGAUGUUCAAGCUGUGUGAUUUUGGAUCGACAACCUUCCCAGCUGACAAACCUCCUCAGUCGAAAGUUGAAGCAGAUGCCCUGGCUAUGGAUCUGAAUAAGAAUACUACUCUACAGUAUAGAAGUCCGGAAAUGGUAGAACCGAUGUUAGGUCUACCAGUAGGAUUACCGAGUGACGUUUGGGCUCUGGGAUGUUUACUAUACAAACUCUGUUACUACACUACCCCAUUUGAAGAGCAUGGUCCGCUAGCGAUAGUAAACGCUAAAUACUCGUUUCCACCCGUACCGGCAUAUUCGCCUCGAAUACAGCAUCUGAUUGCUUCAAUGUUGGUGGAACAACCUGUACGCCGACCAACGGUCUUCGAAAUCUUAAAGGUCGCACAUGAGAUGAGCGGUACAAAACCAGAAAUCGACUAUCCUAUACCGUCUCGAUCUCUCAAUGCUCCUGCACAACAACGUCAACCCACACGGUCGCAAGCACCAUCUUCAAAUCUCCUUGAUUUCACAGGCUCCUCAUCUCCUACCGAUAAGACUCCUGUUAUGCAGCCAACUCUCGCGUCAACGGUACAACCCCAAAGACGAGGUCGCCCGUCAAGAGAGCCAAGUCAGAAGCAAGUCUUGCAGACUUCCACGCCAACCGCAAUGCCCCCUCCUCCUGCGCAGCCCCAAGCAAUAACAUCUUCGACCUCGCAAUCACAUCCUCCAAAGAUGCAAGUUACUGGUGAAGCCCCUUCAUCCCUUUCCAAAGGUUCUUCGCCAGGCUUGGACGCAUUUGGAAUGCCUUCUCUACCUGCUUCUUUGUCGCAGAAAUCUGGGAAUCGAGGAUUUGGGGAUUCCUUCGCCGCACCCAAACCUGCUGCUCUCACUGGAGGAUCACGCUUCGGUGCUAAUCUCCCUCGUCCUCCAUCCGGUUUCGGUGAUUCUUUCGGGUCCUCCAAGUCACCCUCGUUACCUUCAAGAUCACCUACUAUAUCUUCACUAAAUCGAGCCCCCUCUUCGUCCUCCAAACAAUCAGUACCACAGCAAUCAUCACCUGCGAUUUCUGCUAAUAGACCGAAAUCACCCAAAACAUCGAAACCAUCGUCAGGACAUAAAAGCGAUCUAAGUUUCGAAACUCGAUUCCCAUCCAUCGAAACUCUCGAUAGUGAUGCCUUCUCUCCUCCACCUACUGAAGCACAGGGACCUGAGAGGUUAAUCUCACCCGUCUCCAUGCCAUCACCGACUGUUCGCCCUACAUUCCGCGCGAAACAAUCUGUAAUGGGUAAUAUGACUGGUGGUGACCUAAAAUCUCCAACUACGACUACCGCUCCGAUCAACAGUGGUCCACCUCAACCUCGGUCUACUAAUGUUACGGGAACUGCAUUCAAAACAGUCAAAUCACCUUCAUCACCAAACCAGAAGACUGAUUACUUCGGGGCAAUCAGUAAUUCUUCAAACCUACCUAAAUCUCCACAAGCUGUCCCCCAUAUAUCUGAAGCCAAAUCGCCUAUUCCCCAAGACUUGAUGGGUGAUGAGGAUUCCAGUUUGUUGGGAUUACCCUCAAUCCAACCUGGACGAUCUACCACUCCAUCAUCGGCAAGUGGAAAUUUAUCGGCCAUCCCACUUAUCUCUCCUGGAUUUGCCAAUAUUCAAGCACAACCAUCACCUGGGAUAUCGGCCAAAGUUGCUCCUACAACAGGUCAUCAUAGAUCUCUACUACCGAAUAUUGACUCGACCAAACCUACAAGUAAUUUCAACUCGGCCGAAUGGUCUCCUCUAGAAAGAAUGAAAUCCGGUUCUACUCCAUCUACCGCUGCGGAAGAGAGAAAGGUUGAAAUUGAAUUAGAUUCGAGUGAUGAAGAAGUUGUGCCUGAGAGCGCCUCUGGAAUGAGCAGAAGACCCAUCUCUCCAGAAAAGUUCUCUUCACCUCAGAAGGUUUCUCAGAGAGCUUCGGUAUUCGGUGGUGUUCCCCAUAAGUCGGCGACUACCGACUCUGCGAGGCCAUCAACAGGAUCGCAGAGAGGUGUAUCAGGAGAACGAUCACGUCCUCAAUCGAUGUUCAUCACUCCUUCUUCAUCGUCUUCCAACAAACCUCACAAUUCUCCCUCGACCGUUUCUGAAGAGCCGUUAGGUCUGCCUAAAGAUGCAUCGAGACCCAGUCAUACGAGAAAAGGAUCAAUUACAGAUAUGGUGUCAAGAUAUGAGAACCUUAAACCGCCUUCUUCAGUGAAACCCACAAGUACAAGUAUUGACCAGCAUGCUAAUGGUAACGACAGCAAUGGUGUAGGAAGAAAGCCAUCUGUAGCAAACAAACCCCCAGCAUUGAGAAAACCGUCUCAAGGCGAAACGCCAAACGUUACCUCGCCUGCUGACCUCGCUAAACCUAAAAUUGCGGUCAAGCCUAAACCGAAUAUAAUAGCUCCUAAACCUAUCAGACAUUCGGAAGCUCCCAUUGCUGAAGGUUUCUCGAAAUCCUCAUCAGGUCGUUCGUUCCCUAUAACGAAACCUAAACCUUCGUCCAUGAACACCAAUAACUCGAUACCAGCGGAUACGGAUCACAGUGAAUCAGCUACGACGCCGAAAAGUGGCAAGAAUAGUCCGGAGAAACAGCAACCUGUUAAUUUGUUGAUACAAAGGUGGAACCAAGGUCAAGUGAAUAAUAAUUCUACUGCUAAAGGUUCACCUAAGAAGGGCGGUUAUAUUUAA